AUGCGUCGCUUCUUUGGUCCGGGCACCUUUCGUCGGGCGGCCAUCGCCAUCGGUGCGGCCACAGGGACGGGUGGACUUGUCUACUAUGUUUAUCGCCCGCGCAACAUCCCCGGUUUCGAGCCCCCUGUAGUCCCUCCUCCCAUCUAUGGCGCCGACGGCACAUUCACUUUGCCCCGGUUUCCUCGCACAAAGCCACGCGACGAGCAUAUUGCCGACCUGAAGAAAAGCACGAGUGGUGACAAGGAUGCUGAGUAUGACAUGCUUAUCAUUGGCUGCGGCGCUACGGGUUCAGGUGUGGCCCUGGAUGCCGCUACACGCGGUCUGAAGGUGGCUGUCGUGGAGCGUGACGACUUCAGCAGCGGCACCAGCAGCAAAAGCACCAAGCUCGUACACGGCGGUGUUCGCUACCUCGAAAAAGCCGUGUGGAACUUGGACUAUGCGCAGUACGAGCUGGUCAAGGAGGCUCUGAAAGAGCGCAAGUACUUUUUGCAGACGGCGCCGCAUCUCAGCUCGUGGCUGCCUAUCAUGCUGCCGCUCGACCGCCUGUGGAAAGUCCCCUACUACUGGGCCGGCACCAAGUUUUACGACUUUUUAGCUGGAAGCGAGGGUAUCGAGAGUUCGUACUUUUUGACCAAGAGUAAGGCCAUCGAUGCGUUUCCCAUGCUGAAGCAGUCGGGGCUGGUGGGCGCGCUUGUGUACUACGAUGGCGCCCACAACGACUCGCGCAUGAAUGUCAGCAUUGCCAUGACUGCCGCUUUGUACGGUGCUACUGUGGUCAACCACAUGGAGGUCACUUCUCUGACCAAGGACGAACAUGGUCGCCUGACAGGUGCCACCAUGCGUGACACGGUGCAGGAGCGUGACGGUAAGACCGCCACAGACAUUACAGUGCGGGCGAAAUGCGUCAUCAACUGCACGGGUCCCUUCACCGAUGGCAUUCGCAAGAUGGACGACCCGGCGUGUGCCGAGAUCGUGGCCCCAGCCUCGGGUGUCCACAUCACUCUGCCAGGCUACUACAGCCCCGGCAAGAUGGGCUUGAUCGACCCGUCUACGUCGGACGGCCGCGUCAUCUUCUUCCUGCCUUGGCAAGGCAACACCAUUGCCGGCACUACCGAUGAACCUGCUGCUAUCGCCAAAAACCCUUUGCCCGACGACAAGUCUAUUGAGUGGAUUCUUAACGAGAUCCGCCACUACCUUUCGCCUGAUAUCAAUGUGCGGCGCGGCGAUGUCCUUGCUGCUUGGUCCGGUAUCCGCCCGCUGGUCAAAGACCCCAAGGCCAAGAACACCGAGUCACUAGUGCGCAACCAUCUGGUCGACGUGUCACCGUCGGGCCUGCUGACAUGUGCCGGUGGAAAGUGGACGACGUACCGCCAGAUGGCCGAAGAAUGCGUUGAUGCCGCUAUCAAAGAGUUUCGCCUAUUGCCGCAGCCGUUGGUUAAUGUGCCCCGCGUGAGCGGAAGCGAAGCUAUUGACGAUGGCGCCAUUCUUGACGGGUCCUGCCAGACGCAUCAGGUGCGCCUCAUUGGUGCUCACGGCUUCAGCCGGACGCUAUUUAUCCACCUGAUUCAGCACUUCGGCUUGGAAACUGAUGUGGCCAAGCAUCUGACCGAGAGUUACGGUGACCGUGCCUGGACCGUUGGCUCACUGUGCGGCCCUACAGAGAAGCGCUUCCCUGUCCGUGGUAAGCGAAUUUCACAGCUGUACGACUUUGUCGACGGCGAGGUGCGGUAUGCUGUUCGCCACGAGUAUGCGCAGACGGCCAUUGAUGUUUUGGCGCGGCGGACCCGGUUGGCGUUCUUGAAUGCCCAGGCGGCACUGGAGGCUCUGCCCAAAGUCAUCGACAUUAUGGCAAAGGAACUGAACUGGGACCGACGCAGACAGGAAUACGAAUGGAAAGACACCGUCGCGUUUCUGGAGUCCAUGGGUCUCCCUCAGCCCAUGCUCACGGCCACCCGGGCCCAGGUCGAGUCCGGCAAGUUCGACUUUUCGUCAUCCCUGGAGUAUAAGAUGUAUUCCCGCCAUGAUAAACCCAAAGAUGAGCCCGCAUCCUAG